AUGCAUCGAUCUCAUAAUAAUCUUGAUACAUAUCAUAAUCGUACUUUAUCUUUACAUAAACCUGGUGUCGUACCAUAUUCAUCUCAAAAUCAUUCUCCAAUAACAUCAAAUCGUCAUAAAUAUGAAUUGAAACAAAAAAUUUGGCCAAAACAAAGCAUGGAAUCAUGGUUUUCAAAUCAUUCACUUGAUGAUCGUCGUGCUGUGUUCAGUUUUCUUAAUACUCUCUAUGAUAAAGAUGAAGAUCGUUCUCAAAAGGAAGAUCGAAUAGGUUUUAGACGACGUCAAAAAUCAACUGGUUCUCAACUUCCUAGUCGAGUAAGUACGUCUUUAGGACGUUUAUCAAAUCAUUCAUCACAACGACGAUCAUCAUCAUCAAGUAAUCAGGGACAUGAAAGUCGAGCAUCGAAACAUGAUCUUGGAGAAGUCCUUGAAUCAUUAGAAAGUUUUCGUCCUUCAUCACCGGUUCAUGAAAAAGGUAUUCAAACAUCUGCAACUCCAACAACAGUUCCAUUACCUAAUGUUAAUGAAAUAAAAAAUGAUCGUAAAACAGAAAAAUAUUCAAAACGUUCAGUAACAUCAUUAGAUAAAUUUACUGAAACAGUUCAACCUCAAAAUACAACUGAUAAUAAUUUAUCGAAUAUAAAUAAUGCUGAUGAAAAUAAUAAAGUAAAUCGACGUUAUUUAUCUCAAACAUGGCGUGUAAUAAAUCCUCGUGAAGAUAUGGUACCAAAUGUUCGUCCUGAAAAUAAUCGAUCAUCUUUUUUUAAUUAUACAAAAAAAGUUUAUCCAGAAUAUUUUUUUAUUCAUCCUGAUUGGUAUUGA